AUGGUCACGCGCGCCCCGACUUCGUCCCUCGCCCUCGCGUCGCUGCACGAGCUCGACAGGCUCUGCGAGAUCUUCCAGCGCUGCUCGGACCGCGCGCCGACGGCCGCGAACCACGUCGACAUUGUGCGCAAGCUCCACCGCCAGGCGCACGACGCAUUCGCAGCGCGCGCCGCCGGCCAACAACAGCAACAACAGCCGCAGCCGCAGCAGCAGCCGGCGCGCACGAGCCCCGCUGCAUGCGCCGAGCUCUAUCAGCUCGGCGGCAGGAUGCACCUCAUCGCGCCCGACAGCGCAGGCGUCGUGCACAGCGUCCCGUCGCCCACGUGGAGCUCCAGCAGUGGCAGUAUUAGCGGCGGCAAUGGUGGCAUUUGCUCUAUCAAGGUUUGGGGCGCGCUACGGGGACCGGAGGAUGAGCAGGAACAAGGUGAUAUGAGGGCCAUAGCCACUCAACACGCUGCUCGUCGGGAGACCGGCCUCUUCCGCUUCUGCACUAAUACUUUCUAACUCGGUUUCUAGUUGUACGCACAAGAUUCCGUGUCUGCUGUACAUAGUAUAGGUGGUAUGGGUCACUAAUAGAUUU